UAUAUUUGAGCGCUGCCCCUAAUUCCCCUCCCCACAAAAUAAAAUAAAACCAAAGAACUCACCAAUCAUAGAAGCAUCAGAAAUCAUCCUUCCAACCGUUACAUAAUUUGGUCACCAAAUUUUCCAUCAUCUUCAAGUCAGAGAAAACUCCCUCCCUCUCCCACAAACAUACUCAUAUUAUAUACAUAUUUAAAUAGUAUAUAUAUGGUUUCCUCCUGUCAAUAUUAGCAAUAAAUUUAUGAACUCCUUCACAAGACUUCCCCAAUAAGAACCAUGCCUUACAACUCCCUUCUACUUCACCUCUCCCUCCUCCUCCUCCUCCUCCUCCUCCCACCUUCCACGGCCUCCAUCUCCUCCUCUUCCGGCUGCGGCCUACCCGACGACGAACCCCCGUUAAAAUCCGUUCGCCGAUUCGCAUACUUCCCCGGCCAGCCUCGAUGGUCUCGCCCUUCCCCUCUCCACCUCACCUACUCCCUCUCCCCCACGAACACCAUAGACUACGUCAACCGCCCCGCAAUCGACGCCGCCGUGCGCCGAUCGUUCGCUCGAUGGGCGAAGGUCAUCCCAAUGACCUUCUCCCACUCCAAAGACUUCCAAACCGCCGACGUCAAGGUCGCUUUCUACGCCGGCGAUCACGGCGACGGGCAACCAUUCGACGGCGUCCUCGGCGUGCUCGCCCACGCCUUCUCCCCCGAGAAUGGCCGGCUCCACCUCGAUGCGGCGGAAAGGUGGGCCGUCGACUUCAGCAAGGAGGAGUCAAAGGUUGCCGUUGACUUGGAAUCAGUGCUGACUCAUGAGAUUGGACAUGUCCUCGGCUUAGCGCAUUCGACGGUGCAGGAGGCGGUCAUGUAUCCGAGUCUAAGCCCGAGGACGAAGAAGGUGAAUUUGCGAGUGGAUGACAUUGAAGGAGUUCAAGCUCUGUAUGGUUCGAAUCCAAAUUUCACUUUGAGCUCUCUUUUAGAGGCUGAGACUUCUGAUGGUUUGAGAAGAGGAGGAAGAGCUGAUGGUGGACUCGGUGAGUUGAUCAGAAGUGUUAUAAUUGGAUUCUGUUUAUUUUUUUCUUUUAUUUUUUGGUGAGCUGAGGAUAAUGGGGUUUUUUUUUUGGUUAAUAGUUAGUAGUUGGGGAUAGAGAUUGAUUAAGUUGAUAAUGAUGUGAUUAAGAGAUGAUAAUAGGUUGAUUGAUUAUUGUUUAGAUCGAUACACUGUACAUGAAUUAAUUAAUGGCCUUUUUUGUUUAAGGUCAA